UGGAGAGGGGGGUGGUGUGGGGGGGUUUAGUGUGAACGAGGCCUGCGGGGGUGGUGCUGCUGCGUUUCAUAACAUCAGAUGGACCCAGCUGUGUUGUGGUGUUCAGCCCAUGGGUGAAGUGGUGCCAGCCCAGCCGACUGAUGCGUCCACCUGCGCUCGUCCAGCGUGGGUCCAGGAUGAGGGUCCAGGUCAACGAAUAGGUUGACCCCCCCCCCCCGAAGCGACUGAUCACAUGCAGUCGGUAUGGAUCAGAGGCACCGACAUCCCCUCUGUGUUGCCAUGGCAGCACGGUUGUUGUGUUGACAGAAACCUUGGAGCGUAACGAUAAUGCACGGCUCUAACGACGGUAAUUAGAAGCCUUUUUUUAUUUAUUUUCCCCCCUUUUUUUUUUUUUCUUUCUUUUUGACAUCUAAAGCUAUCUUAUCCCUUUACAGCCACUCUUCAGUGGAGCAAUGCACCCUUUCAUCGUGUGUUGUAGACAACAGCAGCUUACACUAGUUAGCGCAAUCUUCUCCCCUUUGUGUUGGCAAUGUGUUACACGGUGAUUGUGGACAGGAACCUCUUGUGAAGACUCCGUUGCCGUUCAUUUCCCCAGGAGGCUGGUGCGUUUCAUUCGGCAGACUCUGCCUGCAUCAUAUAAACCUUGAAAAACAGAAUAAUACGCUGCAGGUGUCUCUUCCAGGAAGGGGCUCGUCACCCUACACGCUCUAUUUAAAAAGCCGGUAUCGGAGUCACUAUCAUUAAAAGCUCAUCAUGCUGCUCUCUCAGACCUCUGUAAUUAAAGGAAGAGGCGUCCGCGCUUUAGCUUGGACUCUGUGUCUCUGAUACGACAUUAGAGCGAGACUCACAGACACGCUUGUAUUUACCGUUUAAUAAAUACAAGUGUGUUUAGUUAGUUUUGAACAGACACUGAAACUCAAGCUCCCUGACACACAUUAGUCAUUAAGGCGCUAUAACCACUGAAAGAAAAGCAGCACGGUCAGCUGUGAUCUAUUUGUGUUGUAUAGCCAAAGGAAAAGUCCAAAUCAAUAGGGUCAACUCUUGAUGUUUGGGCAUGUUCAGUGAAAAGCUUUGAGUUUAAUACAUCUAUUUCUGCUGUGCCUGUUGAUGAAACUGUAAUAGGGGAGAGGUGAAGAUCUUCAAAGUUGCCAGUUGAUUAUCACAUUUCUGUUAUGCCGAUGGCAACACAACUCACUGGAAUUUAAAGAAAAGCACCAUUUCUUUGAAGGUAAAAUGGGACCACACACAGUCAGGCCUCGAGUGAUUGAUGGAUGGAUGAAACUGUGUUAGCGCCGCCUGAAAACACCCGACAGGAACUUCUGCUUGUUUUCCCCCCGAUCAGGCCUCUCUGGACCUCAACCAUUUUUGGCCCCAUUUGACCGGACCUGAUUGGAGCAUGCUGGAGCGUUUUGCCUCUGUGUAUAUCUGCAGCCAAAGCAGUUCCUGCAGCUCUGUUUCAGCCCUCAAAUGAGUGGGAUAAAUUGAGGAGGUGGGCCACAGAGGGGAGACCGGGCGAGAGAGUGAGAUGGCCACACAAAUUAGAGAGAGAUGCAUGGAUAUCAAAGGGACCGGGUAGAGACAAAAAAAAAGAGGGUAAAUGCAGUAGAGGCAGUAGAAGAUCCAUCCCCCGCACUUAAUUGUUUUGUUUUGCCAGGAAAAGCCCCAGAUGCCUGUAGUCAAGCAACGGCUUGACCCUUCCUUAGGCUGCGAGCUGUGGGGCUGAGGGCACCGCACAGAAAGCUUAGCAGUAAGCCUUUUAUUCCAAGGCCUUUUCUCUGCUUUGCCCCUUUGGGAGGUGCAGAGCCUCACAUCUGUCAAAUUGUCACAGGGCUUUGCUGUCCGCAGCCCCUGUCCUCCUUCCAUCCCUUAAAAACCAGCGAUUACCCAGGAACCCCUGCACACUGUUUCUCACGGCCAUUAAACAUGCACUUGUCAAUCGGGCCUGGCUCGUCAUUUGACCGAUGGCCUCGCAGCCGGUUUAGACCUAAUCAAUACAAGUGCAGAUUUUCUACCUCAUUGCUCUCCAACCAUAGGCCUCUAAGAGACAUGUACGCAUAGUUAAAUCAUGCACAGAUUCUUUUACCUUUUUUUAAUUAGCUGCCAACAGUUUUGUUGGAAUAUAAUCAAACCAAAAACAAGUACACGGGGGUCUCUUAAGCUGGUUUGGGAUCACUGGUGUUUAGUCUCAUGGUGCAUGCAUGGUCCAGCAAACGACACAGUAUCUAAAAAGACAUCUGAAUAUUUGCCAAAAUUGAUGUGAGACAUGGUUAUGAAGACUCACUAAAAGAACCACCUUUAAGUGCACAAGGAAAGAUUUAGACUGUCGGCACAAUAAAGAGAAGAGCGGGAACAGAGCGCUCGCCUAACUGUUAAGUACCGGGCUUGUGUCUUCAGAUGUCAGGAUUAAAAGUCUUGGCGUAUGCACACUUGCCUCUCGCUCUCUUAUUUACCUCCAUGUCAGAGCUGUCAUUUUCCUAUGUGUUGUUUAGGAGCGGUUCUUCCUCACUAAGCGUAUAUAUGUGGUCUGGAAGUUGGCACACGUCUCUGACCAUCAUGGCCUCCUGACUUUAUGUCCUGUGAAAUAACACACUUGAAGUUAAUAACACUGCAUUUGAUUGAGAAUCGUACAAUAUGAAUCAGAUCAUAUUGUUAAGAAACACACAAUUAGAUACAAGGGCUGUCCACCAGUUUCAUCUGUUAUUAUAUAGACACAAAUAAACAAAGCAUCUGGUUCUUCUUGACGAAAUACGAGAUUGUUAUGAAAUAUAUAUCAUGGACCAGUAAGCAACAUUAAUGUAGGCACACACACACACACACACGCAUGCAUAGCUGCAAACUUGUCACCUUUUUGGUAGAUAGAUCUUGAAGUCUUUGUCAAAUUUGUCUGGACCACACUUUCAAAUUCAAACAGACACAUCCGACUCAUUGGGAAAAAAACACCUGUAUUAAUAUCACACCACAACAAUAAUCUAUACGGUGAUUUGCACAGUGCAUUUAAGACAUUUUUAGGUGACCACAAUGUUACAAUUAACUUUAAUGAACUGAAAACUUUCCAUUUCAGUUUUCUCUCCAUAGUAGUGCCCGUGUACUUGUACUCCUCUACACUUUUAAUAAUGGUGUCAUUCAUGAUCACGGGGGACAGAGAGGAGUGUCUGCCAAAGUCAAUGAUCGGUUCUUUUGUCUUCUUUAUGUUUAAAAUCAAUGAGUGAUCUGAACACCGGCUGUACACGUGAUUGAUCUCAGCUCUGUAGCUGAUCUCAUCGCCACUUAAAAGGCCUAUUAGAGCUCCGUCAUCUGCAGAUUUAAUCGUUGUACAACGGUUAACAAUAUGAGAAGCAGAGGCGGUGCUGAUGGCUGUCCUCCAUGGACGUGGACACACUGUUGCCUCUCGGUGAUGGAGUUAUACAUCCAUCCUAUGCGGGUAUGAUUUACAUCCAUGCUACUCAGCUCCACUGGCGAUAGAUCUUUCCCGGACAGUAUUAAAGGCAGAUGAGAAAUGUGCAAACAGUAUGUGCACAUGAGAUGAUGGGGUCUCCAGGAGUCUGUGAACUUGAUUCAGAACAGUCACUGUUGCAUCCUGCACACUUCAGAUUUAACGCAAGAUAAAAGAAUUUGCUCAAAACAUCUCAGUCUUAAAUCAUUUAAUUCAGAGGCGUUUGUCUUUUUUAGGGUAGGUAGGUUAUUUUAGACACUUUCCAUAUGUCCAUAGAAGUAUUUACAAGAUGCUUCAAAGAGUUCAGCGAAUAUAUAGCUUAACUGCUCACAGCACUUUUGUAUAGUAUCCCCAUCCGUUUCAUCAGGACCGAUGGAUUUCCAAGUAUUUAUCGGCACUUCCUCCAACGUUACGAAUAUUAGUGAGCCACCCUCUCUCCAGUUCCCCUCGGGCUCGAAUUGGGAGGAUCUAUGAGUCCCAUUACUUGAAAAGGGCAAUUUAGAUCAUUACUCUGCUAUUUGGUCCACUGUGAGUUCAUGCCAUCUAUCGUGUAUUCCACGCCAUGCCCUCAUGCAUUGUUGCCUUUGAGUAGCAGCUCUACUUCAUUCAUUCUUCGUUAUUUAUUUUAAAUGGCAGUUCUUUUCCAAUUGUAUGAUUUAUGUCUAUACGUAUAUACCGCCCAGUCCGUACAUUCAAAGCAACCUUGUAAAGUCAAUACGCUCUCCUCAUCUCAUACACGUUCACUGAUUUGAGUUUUUCAGUUUUUGGAGAUAUUUCUCAAAGUGCCAGGCGAAAUGUAGCGGGGCGCAACAAGAGGCACGAGUCUUUACGGUGACUCGGCUUGGCCAUGGCAACCCUUACCACUGCUGCUGUUUAUUGUGUGAACGCUAGGAGAGAGAAGAACCUCAAGAGAACGGCGUGUUGUUGUUGUGGGCUGGUGUUUUAUGAGCUUUGUGGCUGGGGGAUACGGUAGCUGUGAUUCAUAGCUUUCAUUACGGAGGUUCUAGCCCACCGUUGGUUCCCAAUAGACGCCACACAGACCUACACAUCCACUCGAGGUAACUGCCAAGGCUUGUACUUUGCCAGAUUGUGGCGAGACAGAGGUGCAGAGCGGUUUAAACUGUCCAAGGAGCCGCUUUGACCACAAGGACCUUUCUCGGCUACCUGAAUCUUUGAUAUGUGUGCUCACUGUGGAGUGUAGAAGAGGGGGAAGUGGAGAGAGUGGAAAGCUUUUUCCAGUUGAACUUGUGAACUCAAGUCGGGACUAUCUUUUUAUAUUUCCCUCUGUAGCACUCUUCUUGGCCCUUAACCCCUCUUUUUUUUUUCUCAGAUUUAGCUCGUUUUUAUGGAUAACUUUCUAUUCUUCCUCUCAUUACCUCACCUUCUCUCCCUCCCCCCCUCUCUAUCUCUCCCUCCCCGUCCUUUGCUUGUGGACUUUCAGUUCUGCUGUGAUUUACAGUCGUAGCAGAGGAUCUGCUACUUUGGUCAUGCUUUUUUUCCUUGCCACAUAUUGUCAAUUUCCCUCUGUGCACAGAUGAUUCCCAGGCUUCUUCAGACACACACAAACUUUCUCCUUUUUUCUUUUCUUUGCCUUCCUUUUCUUCUUUUUUCCUCUGUUCCUAAUCCUAGUUUGUCUUUUUUUUGGCUGGAUGGCAGUGAUACUUGGCUUAGAAAGCACUUAAACUCCUCAAUACUCUUGAUUGACAUAAGCUCUCUCAAUAGGCUCUCGGUGUGUUGACUUGUGGAAAAUUGCACAUAAUUACACGAUGCAUAGACACAAGUAAGCAGUCGUAACCACACUCUUCUAAUCACUAUCACCCCGCUGAUAGUAGAUCUGAAGCUUCUGUGGUCGACGGGUGAACUCCUCCUGGCAAAUUCAAGAGCUUCACGAAUAGUUUGGCCCGUCAGAGCUCGCUGGCCCUCAGUGCGAGCGAAUACUUACGCCAGGUUCCUCUGAAUAGCAGCAGCGAGCCUAAUCCAGGCUCCACUCUGAAGAAGGUUUAACCGACAAAUAGAUUUGAUACAGCGGCUCCGCCAGCCCGGAUCCCUGUUUUUCUGAAGGGCUGACGAGUGUGGGAGAGGAAAACUGAAGCUUACGUCCCCACGACUGAGGAAUGUGAAACGCAGGGCAGCUGAGACUCGAUGGAGAGCUGUGGCCAGAACAAUCAAGACAGGUUUAGGACGGGCAUGUAGUGAGGAUAGGUGGCAAAGGAACAAAGCUGCUUAAGCUGGCUCGCGGUGGCUUCAAAAUGGAAUCCACGGAGAAAUUUGAGUUCCUGCUAGUUCUAGCGCUCCCAAACACCUGCAUGGGGCUUCAUAGAGGAUGCUUCCUCAGUCUGCAUCAGACGCACAUACUUUCAUUAGUCACCACGAUUAGACCAAGUCAGGAAAAAGGUUGUCACUGUGAGGAAGAUUAUUCCCAGUCUCUCGUGUCAGCCAUCUUUUGUUCCUCAGAGCCCCUUCGGAGGAUUACUUUGAAGAGACUGGUGCGGUGAAAUGAUGGCACACCCAAGGCCAGCCUAACAAGCAUAUAGUAGGACCCUAAAGGGCAAAGUAUCAGCCAAACAAGAUUUGUGCUAAAAUCUCUUGUUUUGUUAUUGUUUUUAAAAUGGUUAAAGUUGAAGUGGGAUCAAAUCCCUUCAGAUUAUUCGGUGUUUCCAGUGUGGUUCUCAAUAAGGACCAUCAGUAGCUGACUGGGAAGAGAACUCGCUCCUGAAAUCAUCUCCUGCGUUCUCGUGCGUCCUGCCAAACAUCUGGACGUUGUCUCUUUUACGACCUGCAACUCGAGCCGAUGCUCCAUCUGAACUCAGUGUACCACUGACAGCAUGAUUUGUAUUGUCAAGCUGUCUCCUUAAAAAAAUGUGUUGCCAAAGUACACGUUCUUCUUAAUCACUGUGUUUUAUUUGGUCAUAUUUGGUAUUGUUUUAUGGCUAAUGGAUGGAACAUGCUUCAAAUCUACAGUGAGAAUACAUAACGGGAAGGAAAUGAACAGUUGGUCUUGUAAACUUUACAUUCAUGGAAUGUUUUGCAGAUUGAACUUGACUCUACUUGGCGGACAUAGUCUCUAAAUCCAAGGUAAGAUGUAGCCGAGAGGCCAGCAUAUGUUCGAUAAUGUCUUAUCACAACUUCUUGAGGAGGCCUCGCGAUUCCAAAGACUUCCAGAUCGAUCUAACUUUUGAUAUUUCCGAAUUUCAAAGUUGCAGUAAGAUGGCCUAUGCCUCACUCCAUGUGCUGGUGUAAACGCAUGCGGAGAAGCUCGUGGCUUUGGCCCGAAGACAUGAACUCUCCUGCCAGCCCACACAAUGGCUUCACCAGCUCUGACCUGCUCUGACCGUCUCUUUUUUUCUUCCUUUCUCCUCCGCUCUCUAAAACCUGCUUCUCCUCCUCAUUUCUGAGCCUUCGUCUGUCCGCCCUUCCCGGAAACUAUUUUGAUGUCUCCCAACUAGCCGUCACAGUAUCGGUCAUAGUGCUCUGCAGUCCUGUACUUCCCCGGACAAGCUUAAAUGAAUUAUGGGUCUUAAGUCCAUUGUAUUUUUUUACAAUAAAUACCUGCAUACAAUUAGUCAUGUUUUAAUACAUCAUUUAGAUUAAGUUGAAUUUGCUUCACCGUGUUUUCUAGCCUGCUCAGCAGCCAUCUCUUAUCAGAAGCUCACACACAGUAUUUUGGAUUUUCUCCUGAUCUCUGAAACAAAGCCGUCCAAAACCGGUGUUUUUGGUUUCACAUCGUGUGAACCAACAGACUGAGGCCUCGCUUUGUAAAUGUGUUGUAACAGGACUCACAAUCAUUAACUAGCAACACCAACAGAGCGUGACUAAUGGACAAGUUCCCAUGAGCGCGUGGCCUUGGGAAGACAAUGGAAGUUAGGACUUGCAGCAGUAGUCACCACCGAGGAUACAAAAGCUUUUCCACUUAUUUACUGUAGUGUAUGUCUCGUCCCAGUCUGUAUGCUCGUUACAAAUUGCGUAUUUUCUUAUUAUUUCCUAAGACAGACUCCAGAUUUCUAAUCCAGGAAACCUAAAACGUAGUUCUGUAACGGGGUUAAAGCCGGCUGCACUAGCCCAAGAUAACAUCCACAGAUCUGUCGAGCAGGGGAAGAUGAAUAGAGAGAGUGUGUGAUACAGCGUGAUGGGAUGCCAGACAGGUUUAGCAUAAAGUUGACUCAUGCUUGGGUUAUGCGUGUCCUUUCAUCAACUAAGCAACGGUGCAUCGUGGUAGAAAGUGUGUGUGGGUGUGUACCGAGCAACUGUGUCCAUGUGUUGCAGUUUGCAUAGAGGAGAAAGUCUCCCCCACAUGGACAUGGGUGGACCAUUAGCAAGCCUCAUUAGGCUGAAUGCCAGCAUGCAGAAACAGACUACGGAACGGUCCAAAGGUCCAGGUUAGCAGUCUGUGCUAAUAGCUCGGCACAUAAAGGGAUGCUGAUGAAGCUGACUGUUUACUCAGAGGAGUACAUUUGUUUAAGUUUGGAGGAAAGGAUUGGAAUAUAAUAGUAUGUUUGUUGUUUAUUAUUAUGAUAAGAAGUUAGGAAAUAGAUGACUUUUACUGAAUGUGUACACAUCAGUGUUUCCCAUUAACUACCGAGGCUAUGGCGGUCCACCAAAGCUAACAGAUCUAGCCUCUUAAUUUUGCUCUCAAAGUGCACCAGAUUGAUGAAUUUAAUUAAAAACAUGUACAAGAUCUUCUUCUUUUUCAUGACCCUGGAUCCCUGUAAAGGCUGUUUAUCUAAUGAUGGAGAAAACUGCUAUCCUCCAGCGAGCUGAUCACGAGAUGAGACGUGUCAGUGUUGGUCUCAUUAAGCUUUCAGCUGAUGACAGUAAGUGGUUUAUCGCAUGUUCACUUCACUUUCCACCUCUGCUAAAUACGCUCCCUAAUCACUACCAGGUGUUAAAUACAUGUGGUAAUGACACAGCAGACUAGCAAACCCUGUUUUCUGUGGGAGGAAACUCAACUGUGAUCUAAUCUCAGUUAUGAGACAAUGAAGACAAUAUGCUGCACAUUAUCUUGGAUAUCAGAUCUUCUUUCAGGUUACAAGAGACGUCUGUGUUUACUUUACAAUUCCUUUAAACACAACACGUUAUUCCAGUUUAUGUGACAACUUCUGAGCCAGGUAAUGUUUCUAUAUAUGAAUUUGUCUUGGGCCAGCGCUGGUUCAGUUAAGCUCACAUCAAGUCAAGCCCAUACAGAUUGUGUUUGUCAGAUCUGAACCAUAAGUCGGGGCUGACAUGAUAAUCACUGGAUCGGUGAUAUCUGGUGGGAAGCGGAACGUUUAAAGUUGGUUGUCAUGAGUUCAAAUCACGAAAUCAAAUGAAUUCACGAGACCACACACAUGGAACUUAUAUUAAGUCUGCAGAGUCGGCGGCGGCUGCUUCCUCCUCAGCUCUCCAGGAAGUCCAGCCAACCUCCACAGAGAGGAAUUGAAAUAUGUGUAUGUUGGCGUGUGUGUAAACUGUCAGAUUACUUGUCGAGCUGUGAAUACACUGCACUCUUGUUAACCUUUGUCACCUAUUAUGCAUGUUUACUGAUUCUUCCUUUGCACUCAACACAAGCUGGCUAUGAGCAUCAUAAAUACAGACCACCUCUGUAUCUACUCUUAUGAACGACUUUUAUCAGACUGCGAGAAUGAAGGCUUGUGACUCGUUAUAGUCACGAUGAUUUUUAUGGUCUUGUUAGUGUGAUGGUCCUUAAACUUGGAUCACCUCUACCAUUGUGAGGUACUCCAUUAAAUGAAUGUUUCCCCAGAGGCUUCUAAAGCUGAUUUCAACUAGCUGAAAGCAGGAGAGCCCCUUCAGCCAUUCCUACACUUUGUGAUGGACUUAUUUGCAGGCUAUCGUUAACACAUGCACACUUUUUUUCCCGGGUCACAGUAUCAGAAUUUGCAUUCGAAAAGGAAAACUCUUGUUGUGUUCUCUGUCUCCUUUUAAAAAAAAAUAAAAAAUCAGGACUGUUGUGAGCAGGUCUUUGUCCUCGGUGUGAUUUGAGCUUUUUGUAUAAGGGUAUCGGAUAAAAACUAAUCCCUCAAGAAGGAGAUAUCAGGUUUGCUCUUGAUGAAAGUGAGAAUAUGUUUUGCUGUGCAGAAAGAUGAAAUUACAGUUGAUUACAAAAUUACUUUUCAAAUUCCGUUUAAUCCAGAACAUACUCAUUAGUUGGCUUUCUAAGUUUGCCUCUCCUUAUUUCUCACAGCCCCGUUGAUCCAGAUGCUGAAGGUCCUGGUUAUAAACUGUUGAGUUUAUAAGCUUAAGAUGAUGGGAUGAUAUGAAUGAAAGAUUGACGAGGAGAGUGUGACUCCUGUUGUUCACCCGACAUGACCAGCUUGAGAGAAGAUGCGUCACUCAGUUGGGAGUUGUGGGAACUACAAAAACAUUCGGUCCACUGACAUGAACUGCCGCAGGAGUCGUUUGUCAUUUUAAAGCGGGAGAGAGACGGUCGGUGAGGGCUACAAAUCAGAAGCUGCCACCUGAAUGUUUUGUUCACUGAAGAGGAGAGAUAUUAAUAUCUGUUAGCGUUGAUGCCCCGGUGCGUAGCGGGCAUGCAUGAGGCUGUUUUUAAAAUAUUCUUAAUUUAAAAAAACAGAUCUGUCUCUCUUUUCAGGGUCACCCCGGCAGCCGUCAGACCGUCUCAUCUGGAGUCCACUGGCCUGGACGAGAUACUGGGAUCCUCGGGUCUUUGUGUUUACAAGAGAUCCAGACAUCCACAGGCAAAGAAGAGCAGCUUUUUCUUUGUUGUUGUUUUCAAGGCAAGUUGCUGAGUUGGUCCCAUUCAGACUGAAUCUAGUCCUCUUGCAGCGCGGUUGCGAUGCAGACUGCUUUUUAGAGGCCAGCUGUAAAAGUUCACCGUCAACACAUUUCUUUUGAUCAAGCUCCGGAAAGCACCAAAUGUAUCCGUGAGACUCUCUCGUUACUUCACUCAGUGGGCAUUAUGUUGACCCUAAUCUAAAUCCAUCAGCAACUCAUCCCUACCUUUCCCUCCCAUCUCCCCUCCCCACACCCUUUCCCAUCUCCACCAUGACCAGUCUGAAGCGUUCUCAGACAGAGCGCUCGGUCGGGGGCUCAGUGCCGGCUUCUGAUGAGUUCUAUACCCGCCGCCUGCGACUGCCCAAUGGAGGGGCACCGCCGCCACGCAGCGAGAGCGCCCACAUCUCCUCUUCAACCACCACCGGCACCAACCCUGGCGUCCCCAAGAUGGGGGUUCGGGCUCGUGUGGCUGAUUGGCCCCCGAGGAAGGAUGGAGGAGGGGGAGGAGGGGGUGUUUGGCAUAUUACUGUGGAAACGGACUCGCCCAGCUCCACCAACACCACCAGCUCUUCAGGAUCAGGAAGUGGUGAUAGAGAAAGACUUGUUGGAGGGGGACCAGGUGGAGGAGGAGGAGGAGGAGGAGGAGGAAGUGGCAGUAGUGGUAGUGGUGGCAGUGGCAGUGGAGGAGGAUCGGUGUCAGCCGUCACAGCCCACAGCAAUCUGUCAGCCAAGCUGGGCCACCUGAUAAGCCCUCAGGACUCAUCCAUGCUGCGCAACAUCCACAACACACUAAAGAACAAGAUGCACAGCAAGGGGAAGGACAACCGCUUUCUGUCACCAGAUGGCUAUCUGGGCUCACCUCGCAAAGGCAUGAAGCGCAUCCGCCAGCGCAGUAACAGUGAUAUAACAAUCAGCGAGCUGGAUGUGGACGGCAAUGAGGGCUGGUCCUUCUCCGGGUGGACGCCCAUGCACCGCGAGUAUGGCAGCACUUCAUCCAUAGAUAAACAUGGCGUUUCAGGAGAGAGCUUCUUUGACAUGCUAAAAGGAUACCAGUCCUUCGAGGCCCCAGAUCAGCGAAGCCCAGCUCCAGAGAAGCUAACAGAGCUACUUACCGUGGCCCCAACAAAACAGGCUGCACUGGACCUGCCAGACGGAGCUUUAGGUCCAGCCAGAGGAAGUCCUGCCAGUCGGCUGAAGGAACGAGAGAAGCACUUGAAGAGGAGGUCAAAGUCUGAGACGGGCGGAGAAUCGAUAUUCCGUAAGCUGCGCAGCGUGAAGGUGGAGGGCGACACAUCGAGAGCCGGCUCGGAUGCUGAAGACGGGGGGAAAGGGGAUGACAGUGGCCCACCUCCCAAACCCUGGGCGUGUCAAAAAGGCUUUGCCCAUUUUGACAUCCAGUCUCUGCUCUUUGACCUCAAUGAGGUGAUCCAUAGUCGGCAAUCUGGGUCUAAACGCAAGAACACCACUACCGGCGCCUCGGCCGCUGCUGCCGCCUCUGCUUCGGCCACGUCCUCCCUCGCCUCCAAUCAGAGUGGAGUGUACGGGUCGCCCUGUGGCUCACAAGAGGAGCUGAGCAAGGAGGGGAUGGGAGGAGGACACGGUACCAACCCUGCCCUGGACCCUGGUGAUGACAAGAGCAACGACCUGGUGCUCAGCUGCCCUUGUUUCAGGAAUGAGAUUGGUGGAGAGGGUGAGAGGAACAUCUCUUCUGCUAAACAGCCGGGCAGCAUAGGAAGUGGUGGGAGCUCGAGCAAUUCUUCAGGCAGUACAGAGGAAGGACCUUUGGAUGCCACUCUCACUACUCAUUUUACCAACGCUGGUGUGGCAGUGCUGGAGGUCGCCAAGGACGGGGCGAGCCAACAUGCUGACAGGUCCAAACGUUACAUUGUGGAACAUGUUGACCUCGGCACCUAUUACUACCGAAAGUACUUCUACCUCAGAGAACACUGGAACUAUCUGGGGGUAGAUGAGAACCUGGGCCCAGUAGCAGUGAGUCUCAGGCGGGAGAAAUUGGAUGAACACAAGGAGCAUGGCCAGCAGUAUAACUACAGGGUCAUCUUCAGAACGAGUGAGCUGAAUACCCUGAGGGGCUCCAUCCUGGAAGAUGCAGUACCUUCCACAUCCAAGCACGGUCUAGCUCGAGGCCUGCCCCUCAAAGAGGUGCUGGAGCACCUGGUGCCUGAGCUCAACGUCCACUGCCUGCGCCUGGCACUCAACACACCAAAGGUCACCGAGCAGCUAAUGAAGCUGGAUGAGCAGGGGUUGAGUUUCCAGAGGAAAGUGGGGGUGAUGUACUGCAUGGCAGGCCAGAGCAGCGAGGAGGAGAUGUACAACAAUGACUCAGCUGGUCCUGCACUGGAGGAGUUCCUCCAUCUGCUGGGGGAGAGGGUUCGACUCAAAGGCUUCACCAAGUACCGGGCCCAGCUGGACGCCAAGACUGACUCGACGGGCACCCACUCCAUGUACACCAACUACAAGGACUAUGAGAUCAUGUUCCACGUGUCUACCAUGCUGCCGUACACACCCAACAAUAAGCAACAGUUACUGCGGAAGCGUCAUAUCGGGAAUGAUAUCGUCACGAUCGUGUUCCAGGAACCCGGGGCCCUCCCCUUCACCCCCAAAAACAUCCGCUCACACUUCCAGCACGUCUUUGUGGUUGUGCGUGCUCACAACCCGUGUUCAGAAAACGGCUCCUACAGUGUGGCUGUCACUCGUUCCAAAGACGUGCCCUCUUUCGGCCCUCCUAUCCCAGAAGGCGUGACUUUUCCCAAUUCCUCUGUGUUCCGGGACUUCCUGCUGGCCAAGGUCAUCAACGCAGAAAACGCCGCGCACAAGUCUCAAAAGUUCCGCGCCAUGGCCACCCGCACGCGCCAGGAGUACCUGCGCGACCUGGCCGAGCGCCACACCACCAGCACACCCAUCGACCCCUCCGGAAAGUUCCCGUUCAUCUCACUGGCCCACAAGAAAAAGGAGAAGAGCCGGCCGUAUGGGGGGGCGGAGGUGCGCAGCCUCGGGGCGGUGACGUGGAUGGUCCACGUUAAGGAUCACGGGACCGGAGUGGAGCUGGAGGCCCUACUGGCCGUCUCCAAUGACUUCCUCAUCCUGUUGGACCAGGAAGCCAAGGCCGUGGUGUUUAACUGUGCCAGUAAGGACGUUAUUGGCUGGACGCUGGGCAGCCCCGCCUCUUUGCGGAUCUUCUACGAGCGGGGAGAAAGUGCGUCUCUGAGGAGCAUCGGUAAUAACACGGAGGAUUUCAAAGAGGUGGUCAAACGUCUAGAGUUCCUGACUAAGGGCUGCGAGACAUCAGAGAUGACGCUUCGUCGAAAUGGCCUGGGGCAGCUGGGCUUCCACGUGAACUACGAAGGCAUCGUGGCCGAGGUGGAGCCAUACGGUUACGCCUGGCAGGCAGGACUGCGACAGGGAAGCCGAUUGGUAGAAAUCUGCAAAGUCGCUGUGGCAACGCUGACCCACGAGCAGAUGAUCGACCUCCUGCGGACCUCGGUGACGGUGCGCGUCGUUAUCAUUCCGCCACACGAUGAUGCCACUCCACGCAGAGGCUGUUCAGAGCUCUAUCGGAUGCCUGUGUCAGAAUACAAGGGCAGCAGCAGCAGCGAUAGCGGCUCCUUCGAAUACAAGUUUCCGUUCCGCAGUAACAACAACAAGUGGCAGAGGACGUCCAGCAGCCCUCAGCAGUCACUCACUGCCUCGCCGCAGCCCCACCAGCCCAACCGGGCCAUCAGCCUGGGGAGCUCAGUGGGGAAGACCCUGUCAGCUGAGAGGCUGGAGAGGGGCGCAGUCAUCCCACGCAGCGUCAGCAGCGAUGGCCGUCCCCUGGAUACCAAGAGGAUGUCUCCGGGCAGUGAGAGCUACAGCCUGGCCUCCUCGCUGGUGUUGGGUCGCUCCCCUCACAAUCGCAGCUCUCCCAGCAACCUCUCUUGCUCCAGUGACGCCUCCGGAAGCUCCGCUCACUGGAGACAGAAGUCCAUGCCUGAGCAGUUUGUCGGCAGCCGCCACUCUCCGAUGUCUACAGAGAGACGGGAGGGGGCUGGAGAGGGCGGUUCCAGUGGGAAGUCCACUCCCAAUUGGUCGAGAAUGGAGGAAGGGGGCGGGGCCGAACGAGGGUCAACAGAAGCCCCAGCAUCCAAGUCUGGUCCAGGCUACUCUGGAGGUCCCCGCAUCCAAAGACAGGAGCAGGUCAUCCACCUGUCCCCGAAGAAGAGCAGCCAGUCAGACAGCCCUUAUUCUGGGCACUCCAGCAGUAACACUCUAUCCAGCACAGCCUCCAGCGGGGGCCACAGCGACAGCGAUAAAUGGUACGAAAUGGGAGCGGGUGGAGUCUCCAGCGGUGACCAGGGUGAGCCGGAGCCCAAUGGCCUGGGCGGAGGAGGCUACCUCCAGGGGGCGUCUGCCGACAGCGGCAUAGACACCAGCUCGUACGGAGCCUCUCACCACACACACCCCCACUCUCAUCAUGGCAGCACCACCUCCCUGCUGGCCCCGAGCGGAGGCAGAGAGAACAGGGAGAGCAGGGAGAGCAGGGAGCGGUCAGCGUCUCCAUGGCACAGCCCCACCGAGGGAGGCCGCCGGAUGCUGGAGAGGUCGCCGGCAGCAGCCGAGUCCCCGGGCCCUCCGGUGGAAAGGAGUGUGGAGGGGACGGGCAGAAGCCCGCCUACUCAUCUCCUUGUUAGAGACAGCAGCACCUUCAGUCUGAGUGAUGCUGGCUCACACUCCAGUGUCAGGCAUUCAGGCCACAGCUCCCCAAGAGAGGAGUCCUCCUCCUCCUCUUCAACCACGUCCCCUUCAUCCCAGUCCUCAUCAUCCCCUGGGCCGAAGAGCUUCUACCCCCGCCAAGGAGCUCAGUCCAAGUACCUGAUUGGCUGGAGGAAACCCGGUUCCACCAUCAAUUCCGUCGACUUCGGAGACACACGCAAGAAGUCUCCGGGAGAGGGUGGAGUGGAGGUUGCUCCAACCCCAGCAGCCAGGCCCUCUCUUCGGGACAUGCACUCGCCCCAGCCUCAUGCCAAAUCUACGAUGGAGGAAGAUGUGAAGAGACACUCUGCCCCAGACAGCCCUCCACCACCACGCAGACAUAAGGAAAAGCACGGCCAGAAAUCACCACCAAGCCAGCCUCUCGGCCGCCGUCACUCACUCCAUCGUACCCUAUCGGAUGAGAGCAUCUAUCGUGGCCAACGACUUCCUACUUUGUGCAGCUCAGUAACGGAACCGACACUCAGCGCAGAUGUUCUCUUCAGCUGCUCCACCCUCCCACGCUCACCCACCACCCGCGGUGUUCCGCUCAGACGGCCUUCCUAUAAGCUGGGAGUCAAACUCCACGGCGACCUUUCGGCAUCUGACACAUCAUUGGUGGAUUUGGUGGAGCGUCAUCGUGGACCUCUCCCUAAGGAGCUGAUGCCCCUCCCGUCUCAAGACAGAGACAGCCCCCUAGAGUGGACACACCUGGUGGAUGUGGCCAAUACCUUUGAGGGUGAAAGAAACACACACUACGUCCAGAGGAGUUACGUGUUCGGAGAUUCAAACCACAGAAGCAGCGGUGCCUCCAGUCCCCAACAGCCACACAUAGAGCUGCAGCCCGCUCCGCUGUCCCGGCCCUCGUCUAGUGAGGGUCACAUAGGGCUGGAGAGGAAGGUCACCAAGCUGGAGGCCAUGGUGAAGAUGCUGCAGGAGGACCUGAAGAAGGAGCGCGAUGAGAAGGGGAGACUUCAGGGUCAGAUCAAGAGGCUGUGGGACGACAACCAGAGACUGCAGGAGGAGUCGCAGAUCUCUGCCGCCAAGCUCAAGAAGUUCACCGAGUGGGUCUUCAACACCAUCGACAUGAACUGACUCCGACCCGCACAUUUCAACUCGCGCACGCACGCACACACAUGCAUACAUCAGCACGAACAGUCUGGACGGGAGAGGCAGAAGGGGGGAAGAAACUGUGCACAAGAGAAGUGGAGACUUGUUGGUCCCAAAUCAGCCUGAUGCCGCUAAGCCCUCCGACCAUCUUCCAUUGGGUUCAAACAUCAGCGGGUUAAUAUUAUCGACCAGCCGCAGUCCCCACAGACCCCUCUGUUUGCCUUUCUCAGGAUGAGACUCCAGAAAAAUGGGUGUUGUUUCUCACAUUAUGAAAGACUCGCCACAUUGCUGAAUUGAUCUUUCGCUCAUCUCGCUGUGCCAAAAUCGUUUUUGCAAAAUUGCCAAACAAAGAGGAAGCUCUUCCCCUCCGUUCUCUUUUUGAAGAAGUCGACUUCGCAAAAUGUCUCUCCCCCCCCCCCGCCAUGCCUUCUCAGUGGAUGCGCUUCUCUAAAGUCCAUAUCUGGCCUUUCCCCUCUUUGUUCCUUUUUCCUAACUUUGCCCAGCUUCUCUGAAAGGUGACUUGAGUCUUUAGUGCCAAACCCAACCCGCUACAGCAGAGGGUAGCAGACAGCCACGUGACUUCAGAGAAGACGUCUCUGAAGUGCCACGCAAAGUCUGACAGGAAUGCGACAGAUCUGCCAGCCCAGCCGCUUGGAGCUCGCCGUAACACGAACAAAAGGUACAAUGAAUCUAAAGCCUCAACACCACCGGACACCGGAGACGUUUUCAUUUCCUUUCACAUGUGAAUGGAGUGUAAAGAGUUUUAGUGUUUCAUGUCCUCGAAGCUUCUGACCCCUGAAGGGUCAUUGUGGCUGUUCACAGCCACCGACAUGGAAGCAGGUUGACACGUGUCUGAACGGGAGGGAAACAUGGAUUUGUACAGUGUUUUCUUUUUUUCUUCCUCUCCUCUGUGUCACUCAUAUCUGGAUUACAGCAUCCUGUUUGUCUCUACAGCACAAACCAACACCUGGCAGAGGAGUAUAUUUAUAAGCCAUCGGCAUGUGGUGCCGUUAAACAUGACUGAUAUCCAGAGUGCUUUGGUCCAUCCCCAACUGUAUGUGUCUUAAAAAAGCAAUAGGAAGAAGUCAGGACUCCUGUCUCUCUCAAAACAAAAACAGGGAGAGUUUGCUCUCGGGAAGAUAUUUGAUGUGGGAAAAGCUGUUUUAAAGGUGACGCCUCAAAGACAAUGUCUCUAUCUUCCAUUAAAGCAGUGAAUGUCGCGCUUUGAGGAAAAAAAGGAAAGAGAGGACUCCACUCACCAUCCCACUGUCUGGAAUACAGAGAGCCAGCUGAAAAGCAAUGACAGAGACAUUUUUGGGAGGGAAAAAGUUUUUUUCAGGUUAAUUUAUUUCCUUGUAUUAUAAUUCCAAUAAAUAAGUUGUUCUAUUCGUACAGUACAACUGACAUCAGUGUUUAGUUCCUCAAGGAAAUGGUCACUUGCGAUAUUAUUUAAAUGUCUUUCUUUCUUAAUUCUGGCUAAAGCCGAAAUAUAUGCUUUUACUUCUGUAUUCUGUUGUAUUUCGUAGUGCCCAAGCCUGCUGUCGUGUUGCUUACAGUGCCCUCUAGUGAUGACCAGUGGAAAUGUCAUGAUUAUUAAAUGUGCUGCCAGUCACUCUGUAAAUUCCCCACGCGCCUCUUCAACAAUCAGACAUCAACCGGGGGGGGGGGGGCACGCGACCUCAAACAGGAAGAACAACCAGAAGCCAGCUUUGAGGGACAAUCAAAGGUGGAUGUUUGAUAAUGGGAGCAGACCGUAGGUGUAUGUGGGUGUGUUUUACAUUUUUAACAUGUCUAGUUUUCCUCAGGUUCAGUACGUGUUGGGGAAAGUGAGGAUCUUUAGAGAAAGUAAAAAUGACUUCUAUGAUUAGAUUAAAAACGGCCCGAUAAGAAGGAGCGGCAGUACCUUCCUUUGGCAGUGUGUGUUGUCGUCGUGUGAAUGUUCAUCGGUCUAUUCAGCCGUGCCUACAGUCACUUAUUUUGGUCAUUUACUCCCAGGCAGAGCAGGGACGUGCCUUUGAAACAGCACCUGGGGAACAGAUGAAAGGGAAAGGCUCUUCUUCUUCUUCAUCCUGAGAAAUAGACACACAUGGUAACACACAUACACACGUACCUUGCACACACACACAUUAGUUUUAAAUACCCUCAUACUCACAGCUGUAGACUUGAUAAAAGUUUGUACGGGGAGGCGUCAGCCUUUCUCUUGUUCGUAUGAAUAUUUUGACUGAACACAGCCAGGCUGGCCGGCCUCCAGACGCAGGGACGAGAGUGUGUGACGUGUGCCGAAAUGCGUCGGUGUGUGUGCCUUUGCAUUCAGUUGCAUGCAGUAUAUCUUUCAGGGCCCCUGUAAUAAAAGUGUAUUGGAAAAAAAUGUUAACCCCCCCCCAAAUCCCAAAACUACUUACAACCCAAGCAGGAGCCCACACAGCUAUGUCCUCAGCCAAGUGUCUGUGUCGGGGUUAUUUUCAGGUCGCUAACUUGAGCAUGCACGUUGAAACUGUUGUUCACGCGCUGUACUGGUGUAAGCCUUAAUUCCUUCCCCCUGCGAUGAAAACACGCUCCCAGUUUUUGAAUCUCCUGAAGUUAAUUUGCAUCUUGAAUCGAUGCAAUUACAACCCUGCAGCAUAAAGCACAAAGUGGCACCCGGUCUGAAUGUAAAGAGAAUAUAUAAACGGGCUAAAGGUAUGAUGUUUGCUAUAACUGACAUUCAGCUCUGCAGCUUUGCAGGGAGAUGAGUGAACUCUUCACAAAGACGAUGUGAACGGUUCUGUUUUAAGAAUCUCUUGGAUUAUAACACCACCAGUGGACAGUCAAGUGCUUAAAUGUUUUGCUUGAUGAUAUGAUUUGGUUGUUUUAACACAUUGGCCAGUUGUGAAAAGCAGUCUAGUAGUCAUCCAAUAAUGUGAAAUCCUCAAAAUACACAGAAAAUAAGAAUUGUGUCGGCAGAAAUGUUCCCAAAAUCCAGGUUUUGACUGUAAAUUGUUUUGAGCACUGGUUUCCUUGCCAGAACUACAGUAUGUCGAUGCUUAAAUAAUUACUAAUAUGUAAUGUUUCGUAUUUUAUUGUACAUGGAAAGUGCUCUAGUUUUUUGUAUUCCAAAUAUGAAGUAUGGCCAAAUGACAAACUGUGCAGUGCAGAUGUUUUGCUCGCAUCUUUAAAAGUGUGCAUCAAGUUGGAUGUUGGAUACAGCUGUCCACCUUAUUCAAAGACACACACACACACACACACACACACACCAGUUACUUCAGUGUGAAUGUUGCGUUAUUUUACAGUUCGUUUUGUUUCUUUCUUCAGUUCAGAUGUUCAAGUGUUCCAUUUUGUAAUAUCUUUUAUUUUUAAGAACCUUUGCACAAUGUUUUAUAUAAAAUGCUUGUGUCGACAGGUUUUGGAUAAGACGGGUGAAUUGAUCCAUUCCUGUGCUAUCUUGUCUUGAUGUCACUCUGUAGUUUUCCUGCCAAUGCAGUUCCUGCCAAACAGAGGAAGGUGCUCGACUUUAUUCACCCCCCCAAGCAUCACUGAACAGACAAGAGCAGGCUGCUUGUUGUUUGUUCUGUACAGGAUGCUGGUUUUCAGUCAAGCGCAACUUGCGAGGUUAGUGGUUGCAGCCGGGGAGGACGGUUUCACGAAGCUCAGAGUCCCGGCUUACAUCGGGAUCAGCUCUGACCGGAGAUUAAGCACACUAUUUCAAGAGGACCAUACGUUUUACAGAG